AUGUCUUUAAAUCUAUGUAUUUUCUUAUUGUUAAUUUUUGCGGUUAAGAUUCUCUAUAAUAUAAACGAAUAUUUAUCUACUUUAAAUUCAUAUCUUGAAGAAUUUUUAUUGAUAAUAUUAAUAAAUUUCAACUAUUUAUUUGUAAAUGGAAAUAUUAUGUUUAAGCUUUUAAAACGAGAUAAUCAAUUUGUUAAAAAUAAUUACGAAGAUAUAAAUGUUUUAAAUGCAAGAUGA